GCGCCUCCUGGCGGCAGCUCGCUGGGGCCGGGGGCGCGAGCGGGGCCCGCGCGGUGCAGCCGCGCCAUUGAGCCGCCGGUAACGGCCACUCGGGAGGGGAGUGAGGCCCGGCCGGCCGCCUGGCCUCUCAGCAGCCUCCUCUGCAGUAGUCGAGAUUUUCUCUCGUCCCCCCUACCACCCCCUCUUUUAAUUUUUUCCUCUUGUAGGUGUAGUGGUCUCGGGCGGGGAGCAGGGGAGCCAUGCUCCGUUCCUUCAGUUACGUGAGUGAUCACACUGGCUUCUGCGGUACUGUGAAAAACUCACCGGCUGACUUCGUAGUGACAGAAAUCGAGGUGCCCGAGCACCUGUUUAGGGGUACCCGGGCUGAAUCGCCUCGGAAAACCAGCAACGCGCCGCCAGAACUAAGUAGCCGGUGCCGGCAUCAACCCCAAAAGCUGAGAGCGGGGCCUCCCGCCCCGUGCGCCGAGGCCUGUGGCGGCGCGCCCAGCCCUUCGGGCCGCGCAGGAGGCGGCUGUGCCGCACCCCCCAACAAAAAACAGCGUGAGGGUGAACCUGAACUGAAAUCUGGCCAGGAGGAAGCCAGUAUAUUGGAUUCCUUACUAGGCAAACCCGUGAGUGAACUGCUUAAUAAAUUUGCUUGUUCCCUGAAGGACGCGUGGGACUUGGAAAACAAUGCUGAUGCUGGCACUAGAGAGUUCUCGCUGGGACCUAUACUGGACAAGAAAAACCGAGCUGAUUUACACAGUGCUGUUAGGGAGAAAUUCCCCUUUCUAGUCACUGUUACAAAAGGCAGUGAAAUGAUUGUGAAAGGAAAUGCUGAUUACAGAGAACUUUGUCAGUUAGUGACUGAAAAGGAAACAAGUGAUUUCUUUAAAUUUUUAGACGCAAAGCUAGAAAACUCUACGUUUUCAUUUGAGCCUGAUAGAAACAAAGAGCACAGGAAAGUGGUUCACCACUUUAUCAAUAGAAAAUUUGGAAAACUUUUAGAAACAAAGUCUUUCACUGUGACAGAUGUCAAUGAUCAGCCAAAUAUGUCAAUAAUGGUACGAUUUCGUGAAAAAAGUUGGUCCAGAAAAAGGUCUGCUGGUGCUUUCCAAGAAAAACAAGAUAUUUAUACAGCUUUCACCCUUCAGAAAGAAAAUCUAGAAACACUAGAAGCAAUUGGCUUGUUGGCUGCUGAACUUGGUGUUCUUCCUUCAGACUUCAGUUACACUGGCAUCAAAGAUAAGAAGGCUAUUACUUACCAACCUAUGGUUGUGAAGAAGGUGACUCCUGAGAGGUUGAAAGAAAUUGGAAGCAAAAUGGAAAAAAAGGGCAUGAGAAUACACAACAUACAUUCCGCAUGCCAGCACCUUAGACUUGGUCAGCUGAAGGGCAAUCACUUUGAUAUAGUUGUGAGAGAUCUCAAGCACCACGGUCAUGACUAUUCGGCAGAUUUGAAGGAGAGAAUAUCUGAAGCAAUGGAAAAUGUUGAGACAAAAGGUUUUGUAAAUUACUAUGGACCUCAGCGAUUUGGACAAGGACAAAAUGUUCAGACAGAUCAAAUCGGAUUGGCUUUACUGAGUGAAAAAAUGGUGAAAGCUGUGAAGUUAUUCUUUACACCCGAAGAUAGUGAUGACCCUGUAAACAACGCAAAAAGAUACUUUCUGCAAACAGAAGAUGCAAAGGGCACACUCGUGAUGCUGCCAGAAUUUAAAGUGAGAGAAAAGAUGUUGCUACGAGCUUUAAAUCGCUACGGUGUAAAUCAUGAAGGCUGUACCAAAGGAUGGCUCAAUAUUCCUCAUUCCAUGCGCAUAUUCUAUGUCCAUGCUUAUUGCAGUAAAAUUUGGAAUGAAGCAGCUUCAUAUAGGCUGAAGAUUUAUGGUUCAAAAGUUGUUGAGGGUGAUCUUGUCUUCUCAGAAGAAAAUGAUGAAAGCAUUUCCCUGAAUGACAAGGUUCAUGUAAUCACAGCUCUGGAAGAGUCAGCUAACAAAUAUUCGAUAAACCAGGUGGUUCUUCCAAUGGUGGGACAUAGUAUCAAGUAUCCCAGUAAUAAAGUUGGCCAAUGGUACCAUGAAAGGCUUUCUAAGGAUGAGCUGCAGAUGUGCAAAUUCAGAGUGUCUUCACUGCAACUGAAUAUACCUGGAUGCUACAGACCCAUUUUGAAAAAUGUUCAGAAUCUGUCAUAUUUUUUGGAAGGUAGUGAAAAAGGAAUUGAAGACAGUCAUCUGAAUGAAUCAAAAGUCUCUCUUCAUCUAUCAUUUGACCUUGAUCCUUCAUGUUAUGCAACAGUUUGUCUGAGAGAAAUAAUGAAAUGUGACUUUUAAGAUUCCAGUUAAUGAAAAAUUGCAGGAAUAUUAUACAGUGGUGAUAUUUUAUAUAUAAUGCCAAGAAAAUAAGGGAAAAUAACUGGUUCAAGCCAGGAACAGGUAAAAUCUAUAGAUUGAGAUUCAUGCUGAUUAGGAAAAAACCCCACCAAAAUCCUUUGGAAUGUUCCAAAAACAUUCCAAACCCUAAUUGCAGACUCUUGGAUGCAUUGGAGUAAAACUGUGUUAUGCCAGGCAGGUCUAACAGAACUUAAAGAAGCUGCAAGCACGAAUUUCAUAUUUGCAUAGACAUCUGACUUGCAAAGUUAAAUCCUGGAAAAAUGUUUGUAGCAAACAAAUGUAUCUUUUAUUUCAUAAUAUAUAUUUUUUUAAAAUAGUUUAUACUAAAGGCUGUUCAAACAUUAAUGUUACAAGUUUGCAGCCGAUGGGUAUCUAACUGAAAAAUUGCUGUAUUGAGGUUCACUAAAUACAUUGUGAUUUUGUUGUGUCCAGAGACUAAGUGUUGAAAGGUAGAAGUCUUGAGUCAACUGUGACAAGUCAUCUGAUACUUUAUCAGACACUUGAGGAAUCCCCCAACUUAAGUUAAUGCUAAAUAUUCCAGGAUUAAAUAGUGCAUAGAUGUUCGUGCCUGUUGAAUUAAGCUCAUCAAGAUGAGGUGAAUAAUUAAUAUAACUGCAAAACUAUUUGUAAUAAAAACAAACCUGUUUUAUUGUUUUUAGGAUGCAGAAUCUAGUCCUGUUACUGUGAGGCCUUAUGGUAGCAAAAAAAUGUUAGUGGAACCAUCUCUGGAAAAAAGCUUUUAUAUUUUUUUUCUUAAUUAAAAAAAGCAGUUAACUGUGAUAAACUUAGUGGAUUUAUGUAAAAGGGGAGAGCAGAAAAUGUCAUUUACCUUGAUUUUAGCAAGGCAUUUGACACUGUCCCACAAUAUUCUUGAAACUAAGUUAGGACAUUAUGGUCUGGAUAGGUGGACAAUUAAGAAGUGGUUGAAUGAUGAGGCUCAGAAAGCAGCGGGUAAUGGGUCAUACCCUACCUGGACUGCGUGCCACUAGGGUCUCUCCUGGGCCCAUCCCACCCUCAUCAGAUCUGCAGAUAACUCCAAAUUAAGGGAGCAAAUGGAUACUCUGGAGGAUCAGGCUGCUGUUCAGGGUCACCUAGACGUGCUGGAAGAGCAGACCAGCAGGAACCUUAUGACAUUCAGCAAGAAUAAAUGCAAAGUGCUGCCUCUGGGAAUGAAGCACCUGUGCAGCAGCCCAGGCUGGGGAGCAGCUCCACGGGAAUGGCCCUGGGGGCCCAGUGCGCAGCUGAACAUGGGCCAGCCGUGUGCCUUGGCAGCAGGGAUGACCAGCAGCAGCAGCAGGCUGAGAUGUGUUAGCAGGAACACAGCCAGUAGAUGAAGAGAAGGGAUUAUGUCUCAUUUUUCAGCAUUUGUUGGACCGCAUUUAACUUCUACGUCCAGUUUUGAUCCCCAGCACUAGAAAGACAUCAAAAAACUGGAGCAAAGUCAGCAAAGGACCUCCAAGCUACCUGGGGACUGGAGCAUUUGCCGUUUGAGAAACUGAAGGAACUAAGCUUCUUCAACCUGGAGAAGAGAUGGCUCGUGGGGGAACCUACAGCAGCUCCCCAGUACCUAUGGGGAGGUUAGCAAGAAGGUGGAGCCAAGCUCUUCAUAGUGGUACAUAGCAGGAGAACAAGAGACAAUGAGCAUAAAUUGAAAUAAGAGAUUCAGAUUGGUUGAAAAGAAAUACUUUUCUCUGUGAGCACAGUCAGGCAGUGGAAUAGGCCAGCCAGAGGACGUGCAGUCUCCAUCUGAGGAGGUUUCCAAGACCCAGCAGAAUAAAGCUCUGAGCAACCUGGUCUGUGGAGGCAGCUGGACUAGGGACCAGAGACCUCUUUCCGUCUGGGUUACCCUGUUAUCCUAACCAGAGUAUUGCAAGUGUUUAUUCAAUCUGUAGGUGGCAGUAUGACUUAAAACUAAAAUGGAAAAGUCUACUUAUUUUUACUGGAUCAGAAUUAAUAAUACAAAUUGAAUUCUG